CAUGCUUAUUUUGUUUUGGUAUUCUGCAUAAAGCUUUGAAAAUAAAUGGUCAUCUGUUUGCACAUCUUCAUCACAUGUGGGAGGUUUUGAAAAAGGGACUUCUGUAGAAUGCUUUUGCAGUCGGAACUUAUGAAUGAUUUCGAAGGCAGGACAGUGUUCAGAAUCAUUGACUCAUUCCUGACUCCUAAAUCACUACACAUGGAUUUUAAGUGGAGGAACUAUCCGGGGCUCCUUUAUACAAAUGCCUAUGUAGUGGUGAAGAAGUAAAGGGAAUAAAUGUGACUUGUUGUCAUUCGGUUGACAGCAAUGGGAAGAGGUGCUAAUGAAACAAAUGACUUUUCCAAUUGAUUUGUCCACAGCAGCCUGAUUGCACACAUUGAUGGGGACAUAUUGACACCCACCGUACUAUAUUGGCAAAUGCGCAUGGGCGUCCUUGAGAUUUGGAGCCCGGAAACGGCACAGGAAGGAUAAUUUUCCAGUGUUCCAAUGGUGUUGAUGAAUAGUUGUCUAACAUUUUUUUCUUUUCUAUGCAUCAUGAUACACGCAAAUUAAGGAGUGGGAACUGUUGCGUUCGGGCAGGGAUGGGAAUUGAUUCUGCAAAAAGGGAACACAUGAGAAACUGGAACACUCGCUGAGGGCCAAGCCAACAUGCUAACCUCAACUUUGUCGAUAACAUUUUUAAUGUUUAAAGAAAAAGGAUAUUGUCUUGCUUCAAUAAAUUGCUACAUGCUCGAUAUGUUUAUCUGUUGCUAUGGUUAGAAAAUAAAAAAUGUAAACAAAAUUAUAAGCGGUCAUUAAAAUGAUGUUUACAGUUUUCAAAUGAUAAUUUUGUGCAUGAACUCAUAUACAGUAUAUACACACACACACGCACACAGUAUAAUACACUCAAUGCAUGCAUGCAUGCAUGCAUGCAUCAUAAUUGUAGGUUUGGAGGCCAAAUUUUCUCACCCUUCUUCGCUCCACCAUACAGGAAAUAAUUAUGUUGCUAACAUUGUUGCCACUGUUGUCAGUUUUGCUUUGCUUCUCUCUUUUUGAGUGGGACAAUAGUAGCUGGAGGGGUCGUAAAAGUCGUUGCGUAUAGCAAAAAAUGUCGUUGGGUUGGCAACACUGCAGACAAGUCCUUGACGUUGCUUGUACUUUAACUUUUCCAUACGAGUGCAAAUAAAAUAAAGAGUCAACUUUCAAAAUAAAAGUGACACAUAUUUUAUGUUUUACUUAGGCAGCUGUCCUUUUCCGGUUUUGUGAGACGCUUCUGAAGAGAAAGCGCAGCACUCUUGAUUUGUGUGAAUGCCCGUGAACAAAGCCAAAUAAAAGGGCUCUGAGUUUAUUUCCUUCAGGAGUUCCAUUAAAAACGGAGACAUACACAUUCGUUCAUUUUUCUCCCCGAGAAAAACAAUUUUGCUUGCACUUUGUGUCAUAUAUAUAAUUUGUACCAAUUACUUGAGAGCGUAAUUUUGUCACCAUUACUCAUUAUUUGUUGAAAAACGUAGACACGUCCAUGUUGCUGUUAUAAAGGCGUACUGCAAACGUUGGGUUUUAUUUAGCUGGCCAACAUGAAUGCAGGGAAAUGUAGUUCUGUUUCACUUAAUUUGCCUGAAAAUGAUUCUUUAUUUUAUUAGAAGGGCUCCUUGUUCUUCUAUUUAUACCAGCUGCAUGGUGACAGACUGAACAAUUACGUUCCAUUAGUAUAAUUCCAGUUUUGGAGCCAUUUUUGUUAGUCGGUGCGCCGUGAGGCAUUUCGAAUGGGAAAUUCAUGCCCCGGCUCAAUGUGGUGAAAAGGCUCCUUUGGUGGGAUUGUAAAACGGUGAGUUGGAUGAGGAGUUUGUCGGAUGGCCCCUUGGCAUUCCGCGCACAUGCAAUUUCCGUGAAAGAGGAGGGUCCACGCAGGAGGGGGUUCUGGCCCGCUCCAGUAAGUCCAGUUUGCUCCUCCAGUUGCCUCUACGCGGACAACUGGUAGGGGCGGGGCUAGAGUGCCUAGAUCAGCCGCGGACUACGUCGCUCGUCGUCUCUUCAUCAGCGGAAGGAAGCAGCUUCCACCAUCCGCGACCUCCAGCAUCCAAGGACGCCCGCCACAGGACGGCACGGCUCGGUUCGGUUUGGCACGGCACCGAGUCUCAUCAUUCGGAAAGCCAUGAAACUGGUCAACGCUCAACACCGGUGGAGGUAAGGCCUUCCACUUUCAUGACACAUGCCAUAUACGAGUGCGUAGUGUGCGGAGAAUAACGCUGGAUUUUACCUUGCAGAGGGACAAGACGCAACACUUGGGACAUGGGACACGGGUGACGUCGGCGGCAGCGGUGGCGUUCUGUGGACGGUGCUUCAGCAAGUGGACGUACAUUGGCUGCAUGACAGCGUUAUGUGCGAGUGUUAGCAACAGCGUGGAGCCUUUGGACGGGCGCGGGAUCUGCCAUGACUCCUUUUUGGUGUCCGUGUUCUCAGCGCCUUCUGGAAAAAGGAUAAUCUGCCCACCGAACACGUUGUUUCAUGAUGAAGAUCGACAGCAGCCUGAGCGCGCCCCAGAUGCCCGAGUCGUUGUCCCAGGCUGGCCUUCAGUUCACCGUGGCCACAGAGGAGGACUUUGACGACAUCAUGGCCAUGAGCCAGGACAUCUACGGAGGCCUGGACUACCUGCCCACCAGAUACAGCAGCUGGCUGCAGGAAACCAACCGCACGGUCAUUCUGGCACGCAAACAGGGAAAAGUGAUCGCCCUGGAAUCGGUAUGCGUGAUCGACGAAGGCGAGACCAUGCUGGUGGAGGGCCUCCGCGUGGCCCCCCAGGAAAGGGGGAAAGGCGUGGCGGGGGUUCUGCUGCGCUUUUGCUCCGAGCUGGUCAAGUCAAAGUAUCCCGAGGUGAAAGUCAGCCGCCUGACCCGCGACGAUCAGCUGGGUCCCAAGGAUUUCCAGAAGUAUCGCAUCAUAACCAAGCAGGGCAUCCUACUGGUUCGCUUUAGAGCCGAGGACCUUAAGCGCAGACUGUCAGACCUCGGCGGCGGAGAAAGCCAGCCGGCGUACGCCUCGUUGCCAAAGGCUCCUCCGGUACGUCUGGACCAGAGCGCCGUCCGUCGGCUUUUUCUGACGAGCGACCUGAUGCGCGGGGUCCUCCCGAACGCCACCAUCAUUCAAGACUGGCAGCCGUUCAAGCCGGUGCCCGGCAACAUGGCCAUCCUGAUGAAGAAGGAUAUCGACUGGAUGGUGGACGACGCAUCAAAGCCAAGCGUGGGAAGCCUGUGUACCUUCCCAUUUAGGGUCCCCAUUGGAGAAGACUGGUACUACCUGAACAUCGACAUGUUCGGCAAAGACCUGGAUCUGGUUCGCCAGCAAUUCUUGAGCCACCUGCAGCGCCACACGGCCACUCUGAAGGGUCACAUCAUGUGCCAGAUGUUCCUGGACCCGCCGCUGUGGAAGCCCAUGGCCGACUUUUGCCGCCACGCCCUGAGCGUGGAGCUGGUGAAGGAGUACACAGAGCAAUGCGUGGUGGAAUCCGACGUCAUGUAGUCAAGAAGAAACGAGAGAACGGACAUGUCGAGAUUGUGGUUUUCGAGGGAGAUGGAAAGCAAAGCGACUAACUCUACUUACUAGAUCAGCACCACAGGUCUACGCCCCCUCAUGUGACGAUAAGCAGUAUUUGGUGUUUGUUUGUUUUACUUUUCCUUCAGAGCAAAUGGAUGACUGAGCGGUUGAUUAUUUGUUGUCAUGUUCCACACACUCCAGCGCAACCCCACGGGCUCCCAUUCAGGUUGAGAGUCACGCAUUGCACGGCAGAGUGGAAACCUGGAUAGCAUCUCCAAAUCGGUGGAAUCGGCAACUUUGAAGACACUUUAAAUUCCUCUUCAAGAGAAUCACAGCCACUGUUAUGAGAUCAAAAUGGCAUUCAUGAUCAGCUGCUUAACUGCGCUUAACUGUGAAUAUACAUACAUACAUACAUAUGUAUGUAUAUACAUAUACAUAUACGCACGCAAUUGUGUUACUAAUUCACUAGCUUUAUCAACUGCAAAAACAAAAAAAUUAAGGUGUGUAUAAAAUGUGGGUUUUUUUUUCUUUUUUUGAGAGGGUCGGGGGUGGCUACUCUUGACGCCAAACUAAAUGCUUGAAAAGUGCGGUCGGAUAAUGGAUGCUGUUAAAAGUUACUAAUACCUCAUGUGGGUGGUUACGCAAGCACCCUGACAACAAUAAUGGCAUUUGGAUACUGAUGAACGGAAACACCAGAAGAAUUAUUGGGUCGUAUAUUUCAAGUCAUACUGAUAAAAAAAAACAAAAAACGGGACCUCAGUGGUCACAAGAAUAGAAAUAUUUUCAGUAUUUUUACUUUUGAUUGAUUACCUCUGCUCAGAAAGUGUCAAUGAUUUUCGCCACUGGGCUGGUUUAGGAUGAAUUGACCAACACGUACAGUAUUGUCACCGUCUAACAGAAGGUCUGCAGUCCACAGUCAUGCUUUUUUUUAAUUGCAAGGUUCAAAAUGCUAUUUUGGGAAUAUUUGAAGUCGUACAAAUACUGUGGUACCUCUACUUACGAACGUCUCUUCAUAUGAAAUUUUCAAGUUACGAAACGACUCAACAGGAAAAUAUUGCCUCGUUACAAAAUAAAUUUC